GCGGCAGCUCUAGCCUCUCCCCGGGGAGUCGCUGUCCUUACCUUCGCCAGGAACCCGCGCCUCGGUGUGUACGCCCGCUUGCCCUCGGAUCCGUCUGCCGCUAGCCACUGCCCUCCUGCCGCCCACCAUGGCCCUGCUGCACUCCGGUCGCCUCCUCUCCGGGAUCACCGCCGCCUUCCACCCGGGCCUCGCCGCCGCGGCUUCUUCCAGAGCCAGCUCGUGGUGGGCCCAUGUGGAGAUGGGGCCCCCAGAUCCCAUCCUGGGAGUCACAGAAGCUUUUAAGAGAGAUACCAACAGCAAAAAGAUGAAUCUGGGAGUCGGAGCCUACCGGGACGAUAACGGAAAGCCUUAUGUGCUCCCUAGUGUCCGGAAGGCAGAGGCCCAGAUUGCUGCCAAAAACAUGGAUAAGGAAUACCUGCCCAUCGGGGGCCUGGCUGAAUUUUGUAAGUCGUCUGCAGAGCUGGCCCUGGGCGAGAAUAGCGAGGUGUUUAAAAGUGGCCGGUAUGUCACCGUGCAGACCAUUUCUGGAACUGGGGCAUUAAGGAUCGGAGCCAGUUUUCUGCAAAGAUUCUUUAAGUUCAGCCGAGAUGUCUUUCUGCCCAAGCCAUCUUGGGGAAAUCACACACCCAUCUUCAGGGACGCUGGCAUGCAGCUCCAUGGUUACCGGUACUAUGACCCCAAGACAUGUGGCUUUGACUUCACCGGCGCUCUGGAUGACAUCUCAAAAAUGCCAGAGCAAAGUGUUCUCCUUCUGCACGCCUGCGCUCACAACCCCACCGGAGUGGACCCACGUCCUGAACAGUGGAAGGAGAUUGCCGCAGUGGUGAAGAAAAAGAAGCUUUUUGCAUUCUUUGACAUGGCCUACCAAGGUUUUGCCAGUGGCGAUGGUAACAAGGAUGCCUGGGCUGUGCGCCACUUCAUUGAGCAGGGCAUUGAUGUUUGUCUGUGCCAGUCAUACGCCAAGAACAUGGGCUUGUAUGGUGAACGUGUGGGAGCCUUCACUGUGGUCUGCGUAGAUGCUGACACAGCCAAAAAGGUGGAGUCACAGCUGAAGAUCUUGAUCCGUCCCAUGUAUUCCAACCCUCCUCUCAAUGGGGCCCGGAUUGCCUCCACCAUUCUGACGACCCCGGAUUUGCGGAAACAAUGGUUGCAAGAAGUGAAAGGCAUGGCAGAUCGGAUCAUCAGCAUGCGGACUCAGCUGGUCUCCAACCUCAAGAAGGAGGGCUCCUCGCACAGCUGGCAGCACAUCACUGACCAGAUUGGCAUGUUCUGUUUCACGGGGCUCAAGCCUGAGCAGGUGGAGAGGCUGACCAAGGAGUUCUCCAUCUAUAUGACAAAGGACGGCCGCAUCUCUGUGGCAGGGGUCACCUCCGGCAAUGUGGGGUACCUUGCCCAUGCCAUUCACGAGGUCACUAAGUAAUUCUCUGGUGAGAGGGAGCAGAGACAACCGGUCUGUCUUCAGCCUCUGCUGUUGUGAGUCUCACAAGGAGCAUGAGGAAGGUGGAUGGUGGCAAGCAGAUCGUUUCUUUCAACCACAGUGCUUAACACUCAGCUAUUGGAUGUGUUUUACAGAAAAGAAAACGUAGUGAAUUGGGCAGAGGCAUUCAUGACUGGUGUCAGGCACUUGGUGGCUCCCAAACCAAACUUGCCCCUACCCUUUCAUCGCCAGCUGUUUUAAAAGAGUUUACAUGUGCAAGAAAGUCAGAGCCAAAAAUCUACCCAUCACACCGUUGCAAUAUUGCAGAAGCUUUAACUGAAG